UUGUCAAAGCGUUUGUCAAACAACGCAACCAUGGGAAAGCGCACAACAUGUGCUCCUGCUAACUGUGAAAAGCACUUAACGGUUUCCAGCUGAAUAGCGUUACUCACGCGUUCUGGUCAAAGAGCGCUAGUUUAAAGUCUCCAAAAGUACCUUUGCUCCAUGAUAUCCCCGAAUCGUUCCAGCCUCUGUUUAACAGUGCGAUCAAUGCUACUACUCCCCGGGAUGCUAACACCUCCAACCAAGGUCACGAUUCCUUUCGAUAUGAGUGGGGAACUUGGGCGGUUGAUUCAAAUGUCGAAUAUUUAAUGGACCUUAUGAAUGAGGUUCGUGUACAACGAAGCUUCUACGAGACUGUUGUACCCGAGGACAUGAGGGUUCCACUACGGCUCCGAGUUGCAGGUGGAUUGGACUGGGAUUGUAUUUUGCAUGUGUUGCCUCCCGGCACAUCUUGGCAAGGACGAUGGACAACAGGGUCCUGGGCCAUGAUCAAAACACUUACAGGAGUCGCAGAAAUAGCGUCACUUGUGGGGCCCGAUCGCAAUGGAAAUUUGCGAAAACGAACGUCGAAAGAUUUGCGAGGUGGGAGUGACGGAUCGCUAGGCGGUGGACAAUCAACGGCAGGAGACAAAUGCAUCAAGUACGUUGGUGGACCAUUACGGAGCUAUUCAG